AUGCUGUUCAAAUAUUUUCUAUUUUCAAUUUUUGUGUUAUCUACGAGACUACUGCCCAUACAAGCAGCGUAUUCAUGCGAUCCAGCAGCAUGCGUGGCUCCCAACUGUUUCUGCGCGUCGACUGAUCCACCAGGAAAUAUACCCAUUGAUCAAGUACCCCAGUUUUUCGUUUUGACUUUUGAUGAUGCUAUACAGGCAGACUCUAUGAAAGCUGUCAACGCCCUAAUAGGAGGAAGAAAGAAUCCCAAUGGCUGUCCGAUUACCACAACAUAUUUUACACAGACAAUGUAUACAGACUUUGGAAUGGUUACUGACUGGUAUGCUGCCGGACAUGAGGUUGCAGAUCACACAAUGACGCAUCCAAACUUACCAGGAGAAGUCGAAAUAACUGGCAACAAACUCGCCCUUCACGCGUUUUCCGGCAUUCCAUACAAAAAAAUAACCGGGUUUCGUGCCCCAUACCUCAAUUAUUCGAUCGGAAUGCUACAAACUCUUGCAAAACUUGGAUUUACGUAUGAUUCAUCCAUUACUGCCAGUCCAGGUGAUACCUACUGGCCGUAUACGCUAGAUUUUGGAGUAGCAAAUGAAUGUUGGACAUCUAUUUGCGAUGCUGCCGUGAAAUUGCCGGGAUUUUUUGAAUUUCCCAUGUAUAAUGUUCUUGGCGACAAUAAUGUGGAAUAUUCGAUGGAUCCAAUGCUUAGUGGUGACCCAGAAGUCGUAGAAAAAUGGCUUGUAAGUAACUUUGAUCGACAUAUUCAGAAUAAGAAAGCACCUUUUGGCCUUUAUCUUCAUCCCGCUCAGCUAGUACCCCAGGCAGGCCGUCCAGACCCCGGCCCACAGAUAACCCACUACAAUAACUUUUUACAAUAUGCCUUGUCCAAACCGAACGUAUAUGCCGUUACCUAUUCUCAAGUGCUUGCCUGGAUGAAAAAUCCUGUCCCGGCUUCCCAACUUAAGGAUCAUCCAGCAUUUAAAUGUGAUGUACCGAAACUUGGCACAGAAAUCUGCAACGGCCUUGAUGACAACAGUAACGGUAAUAUUGACGAAGGGGCAAAACAACAGUGCAAUUUGCCUACGGCCAGCUUCUCGACAUGUUACAAUUGUCCAAGCGAUAUACCAUCCCCGGGCGAUCCAACUCCAAAGAGAGUGAGCCAGAAUAGAUUUGAAGUGAGUGACAGCUGUGAUUUAUUGUACUGGGAUCCUAUUGUUGGAAAGUGUUUGUGUCAAGAUAUGUCGUGCGCUUUCACGGAUUUGUCGUCAGUGAAUGGGACUAGUACUAGUGGAAAUAGCGGAAGCGGCGGAAGCAGUGGUAGCGGCGCAAAUGGAAAUAGCACAAAUCCCGGUCAGGCUAGUAAUGCCUGGAAAGUGGAAAGUGAAUCUCGGGUGGCAAUAGGAGUAAUAGGAGUUAUUAUUUCGUUAAUCUGUGGGACGUUGGUAUAA